AUCAGCAAAACCUUGAAUAAGCUCUUUAAAAGAUAACAUUCGAUCGAACUAUUGAUCAGUCUUGAGUUUCGUACACCCGCCAGACGUUGAUGAACAAAGUCAAAUUCAUAGGCUGUACAUCUUAUUAAGACAGAAACUUUCAAAGCAGCGUUACCAUGGCGACUGCACAAGAAAUUAAGGAUGAGUACCUUGAGUGCAAAAUUUGCUUCGAGCCUUUUGUCACCCCAAAAGUUCUGGACUGCCUGCAUUCCUUCUGCCUAAAAUGCCUACAAAGGAUAGAAGCCAAAGCCAAAAACAAACACAUCAUAUCCUGCCCAAUCUGUCGAUGUGAAACAACAACGCAAAAAGGGGUGGAUGGCCUGCGCGUGAAUUUCUUGAUCAACUCACUCCAAGAAGCUAUGGGGAAAAUGCGCGCUGGUCCUGUGACGUGUGAGUUCUGCGAUGACGACGCUUCACAUAAGUGUAUACAGUGUCUGGAUGAUAUGUGCAAGUCACACGCUUCCAUGCACACUUAUUCCAAGUUCACAAGGAAUCACAAUGUCGUACCACUGGAUGAGGUGAAAUCUGGUAAAUAUGCUACCCAGAUCAAAGCCGCCCAACAGGUUGAAUGUGAGACGCAUGCUGGGAAGUACAUAGAGCUUUUCUGUACACAAUGUGAUACUCCCGUAUGCAUGAUGUGCAAGAUCACAGAACACGAUAGCCAUAAAUGUGUCACAAUUGCCCAGGCAGCUGCAACCAAAAAAGCGGGAAAACUCUUACCACUUGCGGACGCGAUAUAGAUGUUGUUAUGUUUUCAAAACAACUUGCAACUACAUUAGAUACAAAACAUGGCAAAGCGUCAUUCCCACCCAUCAUAUAUACAGUUGAAAGUGA